AUGGCCCGGGGCACUAUACAGCCUGGUUACAAACCUGCCGCACUUAUCCAGGCCACAUUUGAGCAUGUUACUUCGAAAGAUGCAUUCCUUUUGUUCUUUUUCUCACACCUCUAUGAAAACCUAUACUCAGGAGUAACAAAUCCAAUUGAACCUGACAUUACGGCCGCUUUGUCCUUCUUCGAUAAUUUCUCUACAUGGGAUCAGAAUCAAAAACAGAACGUCAAUAGCGCCUUUGAAAGUUUUGCCAGGUACAUUGUUGAGGACUUCCUUCUUCCACUCAGAGCUUCAUCCGUGAAGACCCCACAACCAACGCCCACAUCAUUGUCCUCAAUACAGGCAUCCACACCUACCGGUACAACACAACGUGUAUCUAUUCUACGACAAAGCUGUCUCGUGCGCGAUCAUCAUCGGUGCGUGGUUUCUCGGAAGUUCGAUAGAAGCGAAGCCAGCAGGCGGCAGAACAAGGACGGGGAAGAUUGUAAGGACGAUGAUGGAAAUCUAUUGGAGAAUGAAUCAAGCGACCAUUUUCAAUAUCUGGAGGUUGCCCACAUUCUGCCGCAUUGUCUGACUACGGUUACUCCCCGGGACACCGAUCUAAGCGACUCAAAGAAGAAUGUACUCCGGAUCUUGAAUAUGUUUGACCCUGGCAUUAUUCAUCUCAUUGAUGGUCCGAAGAUCGACAGCCCAAUGAAUGCUCUUACAUUGACACAUGAUCACCAUCGGUCGUUUGGUGAAUUCCAGAUAUAUUUCGAACCAACGGGCAAACCGUAUGAGUAUAGAAUCGAUUCAAUGGAGCAAAUCCCCUUUCUACGUGAUCCGAUAUUCCCCGUCACCCGUACGCUGACCCUUAGCCCCAGUCAUACCAUUGAUCCACCAUCAGCUCGGCUCCUUGGUGUCCAUCGAGCCGUUGCAAAGAUUAUGAAACUUAGCGGCGCAGGCGAAUAUAUAAAGACGACCCUCCGAGACUUGGAGGAGGUUGAUGUUGUGAGGGUAGAUGGCUCAACAAAUUUGGGGCUCAUGAUUAGUUUACGACUUGGUGGCUGGUUUAACCCUUUGCCUAUAUUUUAA